AAAUUCGUUUUAUUUUAAAAGCCAAAUAUUAUUAAGGAAGACAAAAUCGUCGUGGCUGUGUUUGGAUCAUCCAAAACUAAUAUCCCUCCAUUUCCCAACUCACGGUGGUAGCAGCCAUGUUUAUACCAUCACAAACCACUGCAUUUCUACCGGGAUAACGUUGCUCAGCCAUGGCUACGGCGGCGCUGUUCUCCUAUAUUACCGUCAAUUCUCCCAACUUCCAUCUUACCGCCAAACUGUCCGAAUUCUCCCGCCAAUUGAAAUAUGGUGGGAAAUACUACUCCGGCUUCACUGACAUCUCCAGUUCCAGACGCAAACCGAAAUCGCUCUCCGUAGUUUGUAACAAUUCGAGUCCUUCUUCUUCUGAUAUAAGUUCUACGGCCAAGAUAAGAAGUGAAGUUCUUUCUCCCUUUCGGUCUGUUCGGAUGUUCUUCUAUGUUGCUUUUAUUGCAAGCGCUGGUCUUGGAGGACUUAUUGCCUCUACACGACUGAUUGCUGCAUUGGCCAAUUCAUCAAGAGGUGCAGAAGUUCCUGAGAUCCUAAAAGGUCUCGGUAUAGAUCUCGGUGCAGUCUCCAUAUUUGCUUUUCUGUAUUAUAGAGAGAAUAAAGCGAAAAAUGCUCAGGUAGCAAAAUUAGCAAGAGAGGAAAAUCUCUCAAAUCUUAAGCUCCGUGUGGAUGAUAAGAAAAUUGUCCCGGUUAGUGCUUUCAGAGGAAUUGCUCGUUUGGUCAUCCUUGCUGGCCCUUCGGCUUUCAUUUCAGAAUGUUUUAAACUCAGUGCACCCUUUACUGAGGGCCUUCUAGAAAGAGGAGUGCUUGUGGUCCCUUUUGCAACUGAUGGAAUUUCUCCUAGCUUUGAAUUUGAAGAGAAUGACGAACUUGAGGAGAAAAUUUCCAGAAGAAAAAGGCUAUGGCAGCUUGCUCCUAUUUAUGCCACUGAGUGGACCAAGUGGAUAGAUGAACAGAAGAAACUAGCCGGUGUUUCUCCUGAAUCUCCAGUGUACUUAUCUCUACGCCUGGAUGGUCGUGUGCGUGGCAGUGGUGUUGGUUGUCCUUCUUGGAAUGCUUUCGUAUUGCAAUUGCCACCAGUAAAGGGCAUUUGGUCUGGUCUUCUUGAUGGCAUGGAUGGAAGAGUGCUUUAAGAAUUGAGAUCAGAUAUUGUCUUCUCUUUCUUAUUCUUUGAAGAACUAUAUUAUAUUAUGUUGACAAUGUACUUAUUUCCUCUUCAAUAUAUAAUUGCAGCAUUCACCAAAUUA